CUGAUCAAAGAGUUUCAACAAGGGUGCCAAAGAAACAAAACGGAAGCACCACAACGAAGGCAGAGAUUUGGAUUUCGAGGUGAAUUCAAAAGAAACAGGUGAAGAAACCAAAUCAAUAUUCCCCAAGAUAGCGAUCAUCAUUUAAUGUCUUAAGAGUGAAGCCCAAUUAACUUCAUUCUCCCUGGCAAUAAAUGCUAAUAUACGUGGGUUAUUCAAGGGGAUCGAAGCAUGGUGAUCUCAUUUUCACGCACAACAUAAAAGAAGAGGUGUGGAAAUGUCCAAAACACCCCUCAAAGCGUCGUAGGAACGGAGUCUGCCCCGUUUGCCUCAAGGACCGCCUCGUCAUUCUCUGCCCCGACUGCGCUAACGUGCGCCCCUGCUCUUGCGCCGCCGCCGCCGCCACCACUUCGUCUUCUUCAUCCUCCGACGGACAGCCGAACUUAUUACGACGGUCUGGAUCCGCCGGGAUCAACUUUCUCCGGUUCAGUUACGCUCGCUCUUUCUCCGGCCGGAAGAACCCGACGGCGACCGGGAAGAGCAAGACGCCGUCGUUUUGGUCGAUCGUCUUGCCGUCGAGCAAGAGCAUGAAGGAACCAGGAGUAUAGGGAAAACGGUUACCGGGACGAGAAAAUCGCGGAGUUCACGCGGCUAAUGAUGAGAUCGAGAUCGGGUUCGGAAAUUGUAAACAGGGUGGAGGGUGGCAAUUUCCCGGCCAGACGAAGAUUUCCCGGCAUUCCAAGCCGGCGAAAGUGGUUCAAGAGCGUUAACCGUCGACCGUCGUGUAAUGUUUGACUACUGCUUUGGUUAUACAGAGCAUAGUUUCUUCUUUUCGGAUUGGUAUUUCUAUACUUUUUUUUAACAAGUUACUCCGUAUAUAAUUUAGGGGUUAUAGUACUAAAAUAUACCGAGUAUCAUAUAUUUUUAUUUCUCAAUCUAGUAUUAUUAUUCAAUGUCCAGUGUACAUUACUCAAGUAAAUUUGAACUAAUACU